CCGACUUCCGCAUGCGCACGCGCAUCCUCUCUUUCUGAAUUUCAUCUUAAUCCCGUCAAUUGGAGGUUAGUGCGAUGGCGAUCGCCUCGAGAUGGAGUCUCCAGCACGCCGCGAAGUCGUUCUGGGAUGUUCUGUCGCAGGGGUGGUAUCUUGGUUUCACGGCAUUUGGAGGACCGCCGGUACAUUUCAAGAUUUUCCACGAUAAGUAUGUUGACAAGCUAGGCUGGGUUGAUGAGCAAAUGUAUCAAGAGCUGUUUGCGGUCUGUCAGGCAUUCUCUGGGCCAGGGAGUACGAAGAUGUAUUACUGCCUAAACCUGAUACACUUCGGCUUCCUCCCUGCCGUCGUUGCGCUCCUUAUUUGGAGUCUCCCAGGUGCGAUUGGAAUGUAUGGUUUCGCUGUGGGCGUCUCUCAUAUUGGCCAGUCGCUACCUCGACAAGCAUAUGCUCUCCUCUCUGGUCUCAACGCCGCCGUCGUCGGUAUUAUCGCCCUGGCCGCGGUCCAACUUGCUCAGAAAGCCAUCACAGACAAGAUGACCAGGAUUCUUGUCUUCCUCGGCGCGUGUGCUGGACUUCUUUACAAUGCACUCUGGUACUUCCCGCUGCUCAUGUUCCUUGCCGGAUGUGCCUCAGUAAUCUAUGACUUCCGCGUACUCCAUCAUACCGUCAAAUGGGUUUUUAGCUUCUUCCAGAAGAAGAAGCAACAAAGCCCAGAAGAUCAGAAUGUCGAGCUACCAACCGUGCGACCCACAGAAGCCCAAAAAUCCGAAGACGAGAGGGCAAACAGGUCUUCAGAUCGUCCUGGGUCAACAAAAGAGUCCUCAACCCAACCCGCAGAAGAAGUUCCCGAACCCCGUAUUAUCCCCGCAGCACGCACCCUGAACAUCUCCUGGCGAUUCGGAACCGCGAUCCUCGUUGUGUUCAUGCUAAUUUUCAUCAUCCUCAUGGUUCUGCGCGGCGUUCUCCCACACAAACCCCUCCUCUUCUCCCUCUUCUCCAAUAUGUUCCUCGCUGGAACCAUCAUUUUUGGCGGUGGGCCUGUCGUGAUUCCGCUUCUACGAGAAUACGUUGUCACUGAAGGAUGGGUCUCACCCCGUGACUUCUUGCUUGGUCUCGCCAUCAUCCAAGCUUUUCCCGGGCCAAAUUUCAACUUUGCUGUCUUUCUGGGAGGCUUGACGGCUGUUUUCGGCAGGUAUAAUGCUGCUGUUGGUGCCUUGUUGGGCUAUAUUGGGAUUUUCCUGCCCGGGAUUGUGACUGUGCAUGGGACGAUGGGGAUCUGGAGUGCGAUUCGGGGGAAGCGAUGGGUGAAGAGUGGAUUGAGGGGUGUGAAUGCCGCUGCUGUCGGCCUGAUUUACACGGCCGUGUAUCGACUGUGGCAGAUUGGUUAUGUGGAUGAGGGGUUUGAGGCGGGGAAGAGUUUGGGCGAUGAUCCGUGGUGGGUUGUUGUCGGCGUGACGAGUUAUGUCGGUGGAAUGUGGUUUGGAGUUAGUGCACCGGUGGCCAUUGUACUUGGAGCUGUUAUGGGGUUGAUUAGAUAUGCUGUUGUUUCUACGUAGGUCUGUUAAGAGGCCUGAAGGAUCUUGCAGUAGUUGAACUCUCAACGCCGCAGCUUCGAUGCUUCCUUUCCCGAGCUUGACAAACAUCCCUUUCGCCGUAUGACUGCCGGCCUUCGCGCUGAGAAGGCUGACUUUGUUCCUUAUACAGUAUACUCCACUUUCAUUUAUAUCAUCUAUUUUCGGCUUUAAUCCGAUGUUAACGGAUCGUCCGAGGUUGCCUGACGGUGGGGUAGGUUGGAG